CGAUAUAGAGAAUCGCGAUGGGUUUCCCUCGUCGUAUCUCGUUCUUUGCCGUGAUUCAAUCUUCAGUUCAGCACCAUUUAGUAAUGCUGCUGUAUUGAAAUUAAAAGGCAUAGCAACAUGUUUAUCAACCGGGAUGCGCGCCAUCUCAUCGAAGUCAGGGAGUCUCCAGGAAAAGGCCUCGGCGUCUUUGCAAAAGACAACAUCCCCCGUGGCACCCGUAUCCUAGCGGAAUCAAGCCUUCUCAAAGUAGAAAACGAUAACCCAGACGCAAAAAAAAUUCUGCAAGCCUUUGAGGACCUGACUCCCUCACAGCAAAGCUCAUACUUGGAGCUCCAUCGCUACACCUUCGACUCGGACAAGCAGAUUCUCGAGGCUCAAAUGGGACAGACUUGGGAUGAGAUGGCGGAAAUGCACCGAAAAGUGCUUAACAUUUACACCGCCAAUUCCUUUCCUUCCAUUUAUUUGCUCGGAUCUCGCUUCAAUCAUUCGUGCGUUCCGAAUACCACUCAUUCGUAUCACCCCUCGCUCGACAAGGAGACUUUUCAUACUAUCCAAGACAUCACCGCAGGCGAAGAGUUAUUGAUAACCUACAUCGACGGCAGCAACUGGGACCGGAGCAGACGCCAGAAAUACUUGCAGAAAUGGGGGUUUCAGUGCAAUUGCCCAGUCUGCGAAGAUACCCCUCAAGGCAGAGCGAAGGAGGAGAAACGGUUGGAAUUAUCCUAUCUGACCGACGAAUUCCAGGAUCUCUUGAGCCUUGAGACAGAGGAAUCCCUGGAGGAGGCACUGAAAUUAACGCAGAAACUGGCUGCGAUACAAAAAUCCGAAGGGCUAGUGGGUCAUGAAUUACGUUAUUCGUAUGUUGGUAGCUAGUUACUCUUUGCGGCCAAUGUGGUCAAGCUGAACGUUUUUUAGUUAUUAUUACGCUGCUAGAGUUCAUACCCGGCUGGGACAUGGGAGGAUUGCUUUACUAUGGGCCGAGAAAGGGUUGGAGGUUCAUCGUUAUUGCGUGGGAGACGACCAUCCAGACUAUACCACGACACUGGACGCUUUUCAGAAGUUGCGGGAGACCUUGGACGAGGUAUCAGGAUUUGGCGACCGCAUGUCUAAUUACCUCAGGAAUCUGCCAUCUGUUUCUAACAGCCUAGUUUGAUGUCGGAGUCCGUUGUGUGGCAAAA